AUGUCUUAUGCAACAUAGGAAUAGUGACGCGGUAUAACCUUGAUCAUGACUGGAAGCGUUUGGGCGUUUAGUCGCGCGUUAUCGUCAAUAAAAACUCGUUUGAUAAGUAAAGAACUCGCCAAUAUCGGUGUGCCGUUCAGCGCAGUCAGGUGCUUUUCAGUUACACAGGCUAGAAAUAUGAAGCUCGUACAGUUUACUUACAACACCAAACCGGACGAGGUUAGAGCGGGUUAUAUGGAGGGAGACGACGUAGUAGACCUGAAUAAGGCUGACGGAUCCCUUCCUCUGAAGUUGGUGGACAUUCUGAAGUUGGAUUGUGCUAUAGAAAGGAUUGCUCAAAUAAAGGCUAAAAAGCCUCAAGGGGUGCCCCUAAGUGGAGUCAGGUUGGAGGCUCCCAUCACAAACCAGGAUAAAGUGAUUGGCGUCGGCCUGAACUAUCUGGACCACUGCAAAGAACAGAACUUAACACCUCCAGAGGUGCCGAUGAUCUUCAGCAAGUUCUCCAGCACGAUUAUUGGGCCUAAUGACGCUGUGAAGUUGAGGACUGAAAUCACACAGGUGAAAUGACUUUUUUUACUCUUU